UAGCCUGUUAGCCUGCUAGCCAAGGCAAGGACUAACUGCAGUCGACAACAGGACGAUCUAAAAACACGUUUGUCCAACAGGUCGCCAACUAAUUGUCGCUAACAAUGACGAGGUACCUGCGGCCGCCAAACUCCUCUCUCUUUGUGCGGAAUAUCUCCGACGAGUCCAGAAUGGUAAAGAUACAGUUCUGGAGUUCUGCCCGUCCCCCUCUCUCCCCAAAGAAAGAAAGAAACAGAAAAUAGUCGAGAGUAGAUUGAAGCCAAAGACCAGAAGUGCUAGAACGCACAGAGCAAAAGCAUGAAGAUGCACAGAGGAGACAGCCAAAGGGAGGAAAAGCAAAGUGUUUAUUGGCCAAAGACAAGCGGCGACUUCGUCUGCCAAGGCAUUAAAGAGCAAGCUCAAGGUCAAAGGUCAAGAGUGUUAAAGGUAACCAGACAAACUUUACACGUCCGCGACGCCGAGGACGCCCUCCACAACCUGGACCGCAAAUGGGUGUGCGGGCGUCAGAUCGAGAUCCAGUUCGCCCAGGGAGACCGCAAGACUCCCAACCAGAUGAAAUCCAAGGAGCGACAUUCCCCACGCAGUUUCUAUGACGAUGACCGCCGCAGACGCUCACGGAGCCGCAGCUACGACCGCCGCAGGUCCCGCAGCCCUUCCUAUGAACGCCGACCUCGCCGGAGGUCCGACAGCCCGAGAGAAUCACGAUCGUACAGCCGACACAGGCGCAGCAGAAGCCGUGAAAAUGACAGGCACAGGAGCACCACACAUGACCGCCACAGGACCCAGCACGAGACGAGCUCCCGGAACCGAUCGGCAUCCCGUUCACCAUCUCCCACACCCUCCAAGUUGAGGCACAAGGGCAAAAAGAGCCGGUCCAGGUCCCACACUCCGUCCGAAGAGAUCCACCCCAGUCCCAGCGCCCACAAGCGCGCGUCUGGACGAUCCCCAUCACGGUCCCUGUCCAGAUCUGUGUCUCGCUCACCUUCGCGCUCUCGGUCCUGGGCGGAAUGCAAGUCAGGAGGUCGGUAAGCUGCUCCAACCUCCCAGAUAUUUGAAGUUAGGAUUAAAUUUCUCGUUUGAACAAGUUCUAGUCUCAGUUUACACUUCUUAAUCACAUUAGGCUGACACCUGUUUUGUAUGAUUCAUGCAGUUUGGUUGAAAAACUAUUUUCAUGUUAUCGCUACCACUGUGCCCUUAACAGUGUUAAGAGGGGAUGUAGACAUUAAUCCUUCAACAGUCAACCGUUGCUGAUGUAGCUUUUUCUGUGUUGUAUAAUCAAGUACAUGUACUCAGCUAUUCAAUAAAGAAUUGACCUCUGCAAACUCACUUCACGGAGAUUGUCUGGCGACCAGUCUGGGGGUAUAACCCGCCUCUCUAAGCAGUGGAGGAAAUAUACUCAACUGUUCUAUGCAGACAAUUAAAAAUACAUUCAGUCAAGUUUAUGAAUCAAGACAAUCAAACAUGUUUAGGGGGAAGGGGAAGGGAUUUUAUUUUUUUCUUUUGUGUAAAAUUUAGUUUCUCAAAUCCAGAGUGCAUCACAUUCAUAUUGUUUUUAAAAUCAAUGGUUACAAAUUUUAAGAGGGCAUUUUUUUCACAUAAGAUGACAUUGUCAGUGGGGACAAAUUGAAAGCCAAUUAUAUUAAAGUUAAUUUAGCAUGAACGAGACUUGGCAAUGCACCACUAUGCACUGAACAAUUAUGGCAGACACGUAGAAAACACAAAUCUGCUGGCGGAAGAACAGCAGAUUAGGGCAAUUAAAAAAAAAAAAUCCGGCCAAAUGUACUUUCUGAAAGGGGUCUUCAACUUAGGCACAACAACUCAAAAGCUUACAAGUCCAUUCAGAAAUCAAAGUGGUGCAUUAGCAAGUUACCCAUAUUCAAAUUGCCGCAUUUAAUUCAUGCAAGUUCAUGUUCUUUGCACAUCGCAACAUCUCCCUGCACUGCAUACCAUACAAAAUAAUAUAAAAUGUGCAAGAUCUCCCGAAAGAUUUCAGUGCAGGGGUACUGGCAAAUGCUAUUAGGCAGUUUUUUCCUUUUUUUUAACAAAAAUAUUCUUCAGCAUUGAAGUCAAGACAUGUCCUUAGCACAUCUCAUACAUUCAGUGUUAUUACUAAAAAUACUUUUGUUGGGCAAACCUCAAAGUGGGCCUGCAAAUGUACAAUAUGCUACAAGAACUCUAUACAUGUUAUUUACAUGGCUCCUAAAAGACAUGAUCCAACAACGGUGCUUUGUCGUCUUUAGUCUGGCUAUAAAACAGCUCCAAUUCUGCACAGGGAAAGCAAACAAACUGGCUCAUCUGCUGAGAUAUGACUUUAACAUAAAAAAAUGAAGAUAGUCUAUUACGCAUCUGUUGAUUCAACAGUAUGGUGGCCUGUAACUUAUGAACACAAGUGCCUGCAGUGCAAAAUAGGCUAAACAGGCAGUGAGUGGCACAUCUCCUGACUUCAUGAUGGCAUCUUUUUUUGUAAACACAGGAGAAACCUGACACUUGCCUUAUCACACACACAGCUUCCUCAAUUGUCUUUAAAAAAAACUUGUGCAGCCAACAGGACCACAGUGUAUGUAAAUCUAAACUGUGAUCCUCUUCCGCAUUUUAAAGCUGCGCAAGUUUUGAUUCAAGACUGAGGUGCUACAAGAAGCUGUGACAACCCAGUCAAAAACAUUUGCUUUGGUAACACACACAUCCAGCAAACAACACUAGAGGACCAUUAUAAGUGUGUGGGCCUCAGACCAGCUCGGCUCCUAUAGAUAUGGGACGGCGUGGCUCGGGGUAAGGCGGGCAUUCAGUAACCAAAAGGUAAUUUGAAUUCCGCUUCCUUCAUCCCAGUCACUGUUGUGUCCUUGGGCAAGACACUUUACCCACAUAAAUGCUCAAUGACCAAGAUGCUGACCUAAAACCCACAUCUGGUCCCCGGGUGUCACAUGAUGGCUGCCCACUGCUCAAGAGGAUGGGUUGAUGCAAAGACUAAUUUUGCUGUACAUUGUAUGUGAAAUAUCUUUCUAUAGUGCAUGUGCGCACAGCGCAAUAAAAAAACAUGAGCAGACAGGCUCGGGUCCCUGUGCCAUGUCGGUUGAGGUUUAAACUUUGACCUUACCCCAUAUUUCACCUAUUCUAUUAAAAGAAUCUGUUCAUGAUUUCCCUGCAGAAUUGCAGUUUGAGCAUCUAAAAUUUUCCUAAUAAGAACAUUAGGCUCUUAUUUUGGAAUAUGGUGCAAAUAUGACUGUUAAUACCUGCAUUCUUACAUGUGACCAUGGAGACUUAAAGUGUGUGUCCACAGAAGUGGACUAUAAAAGGUGAUGGUGGGUAACUGCACUUAAAAGAGAAAAAAUAAGUGCACCUAAUCUGUUUCAAUAGCCAAAAUAAAAAGAACAAAAACGCAUCUUAAC